AUGCCCCGCGCGCCGCACCCGGCCGCGCCGACGCAUAAGAGAUGCUACUUGUGCCCGAAAGGCGUGGACGCCGUUGCGUUUGGCGGCAGCGUCGCGUUUGGCCCCAUCUUUCCGGCUGCCGCGGAGAAGAAGCGCCUGCUCUUCGUGCAUGAGCGCUGCGCAAAUUUCAGCGAGGGCGUGUAUGAGGAGAGCGGCCGCUUCCAUAACGUCCAGAAGCUCGUCGUUAAGACUAACAAGAUUGUGUGCGGGAGGGACGCGUGUGGGAGGGCGAGGGCCAAUAUUCAGUGCGCGGCAGACGGAUGUGGGAGAAGGUAUCACUUUCCGUGUGCAGUUGUUGAGGGCUGCGCCCUGGUCGAGGACGGGUUUAAGCUGUUUUGCACGCAACAUAGGGACCUGGCGCCAGUUAUCGAUGACACUGAGUUUCAGAAGACCCUGGGGAAUCCGGAGGAUGCGACUACCAAGGGGCAUGAGGAUGAUUGUUAUUUGUGUGGGAGCGGCGGGCGCAUGCUUAUGUGUGAUACAUGCGAGCGGGUCUCGCAUCCCGUGUGUUCUGGGUUGAAGAACAUUCCGGAAGGGGAUUGGAGCUGUGGCGUGUGCGCACCUGCAAAGCCUGUCCCGGUGGAAGAGAAGAAAACCCCAUCGGCGAAACGCCGUGGGGUAAAGCGAAAAAAGGGAUCAGCGGCCAGUCCGGGCUCGGCGCAGGAUGAAGAUUACGUGCCAAGUCACACGGCUGGCAGUGUACCAACCAAGCGGACGCGCAGGAUAGACGACAGGGGUAAGCGGUACGUCAUUGCUCAUACAGGCCUUCGUUCGGUAGAAAAGGAAAUCCUGAAGAUAGCUGCGAAAGUCAAGAAGGCAAUGAUAAGGACGGACGUUGAUCGCCGAGUAACAUACAUGGUUAUCCGAGCACAGUCGACAGAGGACACCCCAAUUCGAACGAUGAAGCUGUGCAAAGCUGUGGCAGCGAGAAUUCCAAUCAUGUGCUGGAAAUGGGUUCAAAAGUCGAUGAAAGCUGACGUGUGGGUUGCGGCGGAGGCAUACGUCCAUCCAUUGACAUGGCCAAAGGACAAGCCUCCAGUUUUUGAAAGUAUGAGGUUCUUUUUUGGAUGGUAUAAUGGUAGCAAGGAAAUGAGAGACGAUUUAAUGUCCGUUGUGAGUCUUGGAGGUGGCAUAGUUGUCAAUCGAGAACCGUCCGAGGAUUUGGGAGAUGGUGAGGCGACCAUGUGUGUCGUGGAUGAGGAAAGACAGAAGAAGGAAAGGACGGAUUCUUCUCGGCGAGAUCUAUCAGGUGGAGGCAAGGAGAUUUCUUCGACAUGGAUUCUUGAUCAGUGUACGAAAAACCGCAACUUGUAAGCCCCUUUGAGUCGCCCAUGUUGUUUUAGGAAGAACUAGCAAUCUCUUGGGAUUUCGCUCAAUGCUGCAUCUCUACAUGAAUCCAUUAUUCGUCACUGUAGUUGAUGUUCUACUCACUUCAGCAUACCUUUUUUAUAAAAAAAGAUGAAGAGUUGGUUGUGUCAUAUGAAUGGCUGACCUCCGAGUGA